AUGGAGGAGCUCGCAUUUUUACGCAUGACGCGGGAUCAAAAGUUCGAUGUCGACAUCAACCCAGAAACCGCAUCAUCCCUUCUAGCCCAGAUGGUCCGCUUGAAUCGGAUCUUGCAGCAGAUCAACGACUUCAACGUCAAAGCCGCAAACAGCGAGCUCGACAACGCAACUAUCAUGCAGAACAUUGAGAAUCUCUCUAAUCAGCUCGACGCAUGGCUCGAAGUACUUCCCACUCGUAUCCGGGAUACACGCACCAACAUGGUCAAUUUUGCAUCCCAAGGACUCGGCCGACUCUUUGUGACGCUCUAUCUAGGCUACUACCACUACGGACAGAUGCUCUUCUACCGCUUCCUACACGAAGACUCACACACCUUUAUUCCGUGCACACGAUACUAUGCAAAUAAAUGCAAGCAACACGCAGAAAAGCUGUGUGAGAUCCUGUAUGCCUCGGACGAAGUCCCGGGGUGUGAUGUGCGGUAUAAUAUGGUGGGACACGUUGUGGUGAUCGCAUCAACGGUGCAAAUCCACAGUCUCCUAUUUGCAGUUGAGGACGCCAAUGUAGCAUUGGCACGUACCCGCUUGGAGAAGAAUUUCUGUAUCCUGACUCGUCUGCGGCGUCUCUGGCCCACGCUGGAUAUCUGCAUGGAUCGUCUCAAGGCAUUCCACGAGGCGUGCAGGAGCUCGGCAGAUACGAGUUUCUGUAUGGAUCGGUGGAUGGUGCGGUUCUUGGUCGAGUUUGCAAACCCAGUGAGUGACCAGGCUUCUCGCGUGUCUGAUGAUAGUAGCUGGACUUUGGGGAACAUAGGAAUUACUUGGGGCGAGAUGGGUUAA